AUGAUGCACCAACACAGGCAAUCCGAAUGGACCACCUAUCUUGCCAGCCUUAGACCACGAGACCCAAAAGUCUAUAAACUUAACAAAUCCCUGAUAAACCGAAGACCGCCUGACCGCCCGCUAAACAGUCCACAAGGCCCAGUCUUCGACGCCCCUGGCCAAGCUGAACUCUUCGCCGCAAACUUAGUAGUCCAAUUCAACUGUCCUGAAGGAACUCCAUCCACAAACGAUCUGGUCACCAGCUCAAUAAGAACCCUACACUCGGCAGCCAAGUCCCGAAUCCAACCAGUAUCACCAGGAGAAGUACAGCUCAUUGUCAAGCGCCUACCACGGAACAAAGCACCCGGACCAGACAGCAUAUCCAACAUGGCUCUCCGUCACUUUUCCGACAAGACCUUGCUGGUCCAAUUUUAA